AUGGUAGCACUGCAACAGAGAAGGCAUUCUGUGUCCUGCAGUCCACAAACUCAGAAUUGGUCAUCAUUGUGCAACAAGAAUUCAGUUACUCUUCAUACUGAUGUUGGUAAUAUUAAAAUUGAACUUUUCUGUGAGCAAUGUCCUAAAGCUUGUGAGCUAUCAUUAUGGUCAAAUAGGUGUGAUUUAUCCAUUUCGGCUGGUAAAGAAAAUGUGCAGAAAGAUUGUCUCAUUAAGCAGUUGGAGGAACUUAACAAGAAUAUUUUAGUAAAUGAUAUUGACAAACUAUGGGAAUAUAUAAAUAAAACUGCUCAAAAUUCAAAUAUUUGUCUUGAUAUAAUUUUAGACAAUGUUGGCUUUGAAUUAAUUUGUGAUUUAUGUUUGUUAGAAUUCCUUACAGCUACAAAACUUAUUGACAAAGCAAGAAUAUAUGUUAAAAUGAUACCUUGGUAUGUGUCUGAUACAAUGGAAAAAGAUAUAUACUGGACAUUGAAUGAAUUGGGACAAGUACAAAAUGAGAAAGUUUGUACUCUUGUAGAUAGAUACAAUAAAAGAUUAAAGUGUGGAGAAUGGAAGAUUGAAAAAGAACAGUUCUGGACGUUACCUUAUGAUUUUAGUGAAAUGAAAAUUGUAGAUAAAGCUUUAUAUCAAAAGUUAAGUGAUGCUGAUAUUAUUUUAUUUAAAGGAGACUUAAAUUAUAGAAAAUUGGUUGGAGAUAGAAAGUGGCCUACCACCACACCCUUUCACAUUGCUUUAAAUAAUUUUUUACCAUCAACAUUAUGUGCCUUAAGAACAUUGAAAGCUGAUGUUGUAACUGGAUUGGCUUCAGGACAAGCAGAGAAACUUCAAAACUUUCAAAGUGAUUGGAUGAUUUCAGGUGAAUAUGCAGUCAUACAAUGUGUGAUAAAAUAAUGAAAUUAAGUAUUAUACAUUAUAUGAGUAAUUUGUUCAAAUAAAUUUAACAUUUUAAAAAUUUUGUUUUAAUGAGUUGAAUUGUCUAUUUUAAAUUAAAUAAAAUAUUUCUAUGAUUUCUAUGGAAAGUUGUUAUAAUAAAAUUAAUAUAUGAAGAUAAGAAGAUUCAAAUAAAUUUUUUCUUUUAAAAUGUAUAACAUCGGGUAGGGAAAAUUUAUUUGGUUAAUUUUGAUGUCAUUUCCAAGAUAAGAAUAACAAAAAUAUUCAGUACUGUGUUUUACAGAUCAUUUGUUUAUAAAUUUUAUGAUGUUGGUUUAAAAUGCCAAAUUUUGCCAUCUUGAUGUCAUAUCAAUAGUUAAUAUGGUUAUAACUUGAUUAACAAUUGGUCACAGUUCAUUGUUCUAUUGACUACAAGCAUUAUAUCAAAUAUAUUGCUGUUUCAUUUUUUCUUUUGUAUACAAUAUAAUCUCACUAAUUUGGACUAAUUGGGGGAAAAGUCUGGAUAGCCUAAAUUAUUGAAAGUCUGAAUUAACAGUGUUUUUACUCAAAUUCAUAUUGUAUGGUCUGAAAAGUACACUUUAUUUAAAGUCAAAUUUUAUUGUGCUGUUUAAAUGAACAAAAACAAUGGUUUGAUAAAUUU